UUUUAGAUCUAAUGCAUGUAUCAAGAAAGGUGACAGACAACCAAGCUGGUGAAAUGAUCCAUCUUCAUACCUUUUGAAAUUCAUCCACUUUUAAUAUUUAAUUUGUUGGAGUUCUCUUUCUGUAUUUGAUUUGAACCACUAAUUGAUAAAUGUAUAACAAAUAUAACUUCCUGUAACUGUUAAUUUUGUGAUGAAAAACUGCUAAUCCUGGAAUAAGAAGCUGUUUAAAAACCACAUUAGUCUAGUUCGCACUCGCCAAAUCUUUUAGUGAUGAAACAAAAAGAGAUUAAUCAAAUAAAGUAAAAUUAAAUAAUUGUAAAAGAGGAUUAUUCUUAGCUUCUACUCUUUGCUGCUGCAUGUUGAUUUUAAAGAGACAUCAACGUUUCGCCUAUUUCAGACAAAGAAGGCUCAUCUCUCUGACUCUCUGUACGUAUAUGUUUAGUUUGUCUAAAUUAGUUAAAUGGAUGUUAUUGCAUGUAAACAGAGGGGUAAAAUUGAUGUGUAUAUAAUAACUAUCCGUGUAGACGGACAGUACCGUACCAAUGAUUUUUAAACCGGUCUAGAAAUAGAACCGGAACGGAUAAUAGAUCCGGUUAGUUAAAAACCGGAAUUAGGUUUUAAAUCAUAAACCCAAAAAAUCGUAAAACCCUUGUCGUCUUCUCCGUCUCUGCCCUCCCAAACUUUCCGGGAAAACAAAAUUUUCUCUCCGGCGACUCUCAAUUCUCUAAAUUUUCUCUGGAAACGAUCCCGAAUUGGCAAACCCUAAUUCCCAAAUUCCAUGAUCUGCAGAUGGAUUGCAUUCAAUCCAAGCAAAUUGUCCCGUGUCCUCUCUCCUUUCUCUUCCCUCGUCUCCACUAAACUAUCCUCCUCCUCCGUCGCGAAACUCGACGACGAGCCGCUUUCCGCAGCCAAUUUCGCAUCCGAUCAGGGAGAUUACUUCCGUCGAGAGAUUCUCUUCGGGAUGAAGAAGAUCGGGUUCCGUGAGUAUCUCCACGGGCGUCAAUUUCGAAGCUUGGCUUCGGAGUUGAAGCAGGUCCACGUGGAAGAGAUCAUGUGUGAAUUGAUGGGUGAAAGUUCGGAUCUUUCGGUUUGGUUUUUCAAAGAGCUGAAAGAUGUUUAUGGGUUUCGCCACUCGAGGCUUUCUUCGUUGUUGGUUUCUCAUAUCUUAGCUGGUCAAAGACGUUUCAAAGAGCUUCAAGUGGUUGUGGAACAGCUGCUCCAAGAAGAAGGCUCUGGUUCAGCAUUUUCGCUUUGUGAGCUUCUCUCUACUAGCUUCAGGAAGUGGGAAUCUACGAAUGUAGUUUGGGAUAUGUUACUGUUUCUCUCAUCGAGAUCCAAAAUGGUUGAUGAUUCACUUUACAUCCUGGAGAAGAUGAGGGAUCUGAACUUGAGCGUGUCUACACAAGCAUACAACUCAAUUUUAUAUAACUUCAGAGAAACAGAUGAGAUGUGGGAUGUGUAUAAGGCCAUCGAGUCUAAAAACGAGCACACGUACUCAACAGUUGUAGAUGGAUUGUGUCGCCAACAAAAGCUAGAAGACGCAGUUUCGUUCCUCAGGGAUUCCGAGUGGAAAGAUACUGGUCCCUCUGUAGUUUCUUUCAAUAGUAUAAUGUCAGCUUACUGUAAAUUAGGUUUUGUAGAUACAGCCAAGUCGUUUCUCUGUACAGUUUUGAAAUGCGGAUUGGUUCCUAGUGUACAUAGCCACAACAUACUCAUCAACGGACUCUGUCUAGCUGGCUCCAUCGGAGAAGCUUUGGAACUGGCUGGUGAUAUGAGUAAGCACGGAGUGGAGCCUGAUACUGUGACAUACAAUAUUCUCGCGAAAGGUUUUCAUCUCCUCGGUAUGAUCAAAUGGGUUUGGGAGGUCAUUCAACAGAUGCUUGAUAAAGGUUUGACUCCUGAUGUUAUUACAUACACCAUAUUACUAUGCGGUCAUUGCCAGUUAGGGAACAUUGACAAGGGCUUGAGACUGCUGAAGGAUAUGUUGUCGAGAGGGUUUGAGUUGAACAGUGUCAUCCCUUGCAGUGUGAUGCUCAGCGGUUUAUGUAAAACAGGACGGAUCGAAGAAGCUUUCUCCUUGUUCUAUAGAAUGAAAGCCAAUGGGGUUAGACCUGAUAUCGUGGCGUAUUCUAUUGUGAUUCAUGGCUUGUGUAGAUUAGGAGAGCUUGAUUUGGCUAUUUGGCUUUACGACGAGAUGUGUUCCAAAAGAAUCCUUCCGAAUUCUAGGACGCAUGGUGCUAUGUUGCUUGGUUUAUGUCGGAAAGGGAUGCUGCUUGAGGCAAGAGCGCUUCUUAACUCUCUGAUCUCAACCGGCUGUACACUUGAUAUCAUCCUGUACAAUAUCGUUAUUGAUGGGUAUGCAAAGUCUGGUUGCAUUGAGGAGGCGUUAGAGCUAUUCAGGGGAGUGAUUGAGAGUGGGAUAACUCCUAAUGUUGCAACUUUCAAUUCUUUGAUUCACGGUUAUUGCAAGACUCAGAACAUAGCUGAGGCUAGAAAGGUCUUGGAUGUCAUCAAGUUGUAUAAAUUGGUUCCAAGCGUUGUGAGUUACACAACUCUGAUGAAUGCAUAUGCUAACUGUGGAGAUACUGAAAAGGUAGACGAGUUGCGCCGUGAGAUGAAAGCGAAUGGGAUCUCACCGACCAACUUCACAUACUCUGUGAUCAUCAAAGGACUUUGCAUAGGGCGGAAACUCGAGAAAUACAACCAGCAUCUAUGCAGGGCUAAAGAUUUGUUCAGAGCGUUUGAGUUGUUUGAAGAAAUGAAAUCUCGAAACCUUGAGCCUACGCCUGCCACUUAUGACAUUCUAAUCAACGGCCUUUGUUUCUACGGUUACUUAAAGGAUGCUGAGAGGUUUCUCUGUUCGCUUCGGGAGAGGGAUGUUAGUUUAUCGAAAUUUGCUUAUACCACAGUGAUCAAGGCGCAUUGUGUAAAAGGUGAUCCUGAAAUGGCGGUGAAGUUGUUUCUUCAGGUGCUAGAUAGAGGAUUUGAUGUUUCUGUCAGGGAUUACAGUGCGGUGAUCAAUCGUCUGUGUAGGAGAGAAUUGGCAAAGGAGGCUAAGUUCUUCUUCUGUCUAAUGUUAUCCAGGGGUGUUUCGCCUGAUUUAGACAUCUGCAGAGUGAUGAUCAAGUCAUCAGAUGUGCUUGGUUGGACAAUUAAAGCAGGUUUGUUGCCUUGAAAAGCUAUGGUCUCAUCUUAUGUGCUAGCUGGAGGAGGCACACUUUCAGUAUAGAAACUGUCACAUGAAGAGAUUAAUCUUAGCUACCGGAUGGUACCAUCGGGGGCCAAUUGUAUCAACAUUAGCUUCUUCAAUGGAUCGCUGUCACUUAUGUAUUGUACUGUUGAUAAAGCACCGUGCAAAGCAGCUUUGGGGUUCCCUCAACAAACACAAAGCGUCAUUGGUGGUUUUGCUUCUCGAGUCUAAAGCCGUUUUGUCUUGUUCAAGUUCUUCUGAAGGUAAACUCAGUGGUUCUUGAGCUUUCCCUGUUUCUUUACCAAAUCUGCAGUGUGACUAUAGCAUGCUGGAAUUUUACACUAGAGUGUUGGUGAAUGGGUUCAAAUGGGGAAAAGGGUAUAUAACUAAUCAAGCUUCAUGUGUGUUAGGUCUAUUUUAAUUACUUCAGUUUUUUGGGAUGGGACUCAAGAGUCUGAGCCUGUUCUUGACUGUGACAUCUUGUAAGGUUGUUGUUCUUGGUGUAAGAACAUAUCUUGUCAAUGUUUGAUUCAUUUUUACCAA